UUGGAAAAUACUCUCAAAAGAAAGGUAGGCCUGACAGAAUUCCAUUCCAGAGUCAUUGCUAAUAUUCCAUAUCAGAUGAAUUCACGCAGCUCAAUGAGAAAUUCAUCAAAGCACGGAGAGAUUAUGAGGCCUUACUUGAGGCAUCAAUGUCACACUCAGUCCAACCACAGUAUGGGAGGCCGGGACAGCAGGCAUACCCCUAUCCUCCAGUGGGAGGACCACAAGCAUACGCUCAAGGCCCUGCGCAGCAUGAUCCUCAACGAUACUACAGUCCGCGCCCUCAAGGUUUGUUUUUUUUUUGGUUCCUUGAUUUCUUUUUUUUUUGGCGAUGAUGAUUAA